ACUUUUUCCCUUCAACUUGUCUCAUGUGUGAUGGCUUCUGUUAUAAACAUUAAGGGCCCAAAAAGAAGAACUGAGAAAAUCCUAAAACUCUCCCACCCAAGAAGGCGGUCUUCAUACGGAUUCUCACAACUGAAGAUAGGUUGGCCCAGUCACCAACUUCUCCUUUAUAUUCUCUCCUCAACCCUUCAUUUCCUUGGCUCCUCUAUAUCCCUCCCUUGGCUUUUGCCUGUAAGUCACGCAAAACAAACAGAUACAAGUCUGAAAACCAUUCAUCCCUCCUAAAAGGAAACAAAGAAACAAAAGAUAUGAGAAACACACCUCUGAACAUGCUUUUCUUGGGAGCCUUCAUGAUCUUGUUUCUGAGCAGCAUGACUGUUAGAAUAAACCUCUGCUUUUCCAACAUUCCUUCUUCAUUGAAAACACUUGACCUUGAUGGGCAUUUUGAUUUUGAUGAAGUCCAGCAUGCAGCCAGAGAUUUUGGCAACAGAUAUCAAUUCCUUCCUUUGGCAGUGCUGCACCCAAAGUCAAUUUCUGAUAUUGCAGCUACAGUGAAGCAUAUUUGGGAGAUGGGUCCUCAUUCAGAACUCACAGUAGCUGCCAGAGGCCAUGGUCACUCACUCCAGGGCCAAGCACAAGCCCACCGAGGAGUUGUCAUCAACAUGGAAUCACUUCAAGGCCCAAAAAUGCAUAUUAACACUGGGAACUUCCCAUAUGUAGAUGUUUCUGGUGGUGAGCUAUGGAUCAACAUCCUGCAUGAAAGCCUGAAAUAUGGGUUAGCGCCAAAGUCCUGGACAGACUAUCUACAUUUAACUGUAGGUGGCACUCUGUCCAAUGCUGGGAUCAGUGGACAAGCAUUUCGACAUGGACCACAGAUCAGUAAUGUCUACCAGCUGGAAGUCGUUACAGGGAAAGGGGAGGUGGUAAUUUGCUCAGAGAAGCAGAACAGUGAUCUUUUCCAUAGCGUUCUUGGAGGACUCGGGCAGUUUGGCAUCAUAACACAGGCAAGAAUAUCACUGGAAACAGCACCUGAAAUGGUGAAAUGGAUUAGGGUGCUAUACACAGAUUUCACCACAUUUUCCAAGGACCAAGAAAAACUGAUAUCUGCAGAAAGCACGUUUGAUUACAUAGAAGGUUUUGUUAUAAUAAACAGGACUGGUCUGCUUAACAACUGGAGAUCAUCCUUCAAUCCACAGGAUUCAGUACAAGCUAGUCAGUUCAAGUCAGAUGGGAAAACACUCUUCUGCCUAGAAUUGGCCAAGUAUUUCAAUCCAAAAGAGACAGAAGUAGUAAAUCAGGAAAUCAGGAAUUCGUUAUCACAGUUAGAUUACAUCCCUUCAACCCUUUUUCUAUCAGAAGUUUCAUACAUUGAGUUCCUAGACAGGGUUCAUGUUUCCGAGCUCAAACUGCGGUCAAAAGGCUUGUGGGAAGUUCCACACCCAUGGCUUAAUCUCCUCAUCCCCAAAAGCAGAAUAGACAGCUUUGCUGAAGAAGUCUUUGGCAAUAUCCUUGCAGAUACAAGCAAUGGCCCCAUCCUCGUCUACCCAGUGAACAAAUCAAAGUGGGACAAUAGAACUUCUGUUGUUAUUCCAGAAGAAGAUAUUUUCUAUUUAGUGGCCUUCCUUUCCUCUGCAGUACCUUCUUCCACAGGAACUGAUGGAUUAGACCACAUCUUAACUCAGAACAAAAAAAUUUUAGAAUUCUGUGAGAUAGCUGGUCUUGGGGUAAAGCAAUACCUGCCUCACUACACCACACAGGAAGAAUGGCAAGCCCACUUUGGCCCACGAUGGGAAGUUUUUGUCCAGAGAAAAUCCACCUAUGACCCUUUAGCAAUACUUGCUCCUGGGCAAAGAAUAUUUCAGAAGGCAGUAGCUUAUGCACAAUAAUGUCUUAGUUAUAUUUCUUUCCAUUAAAGGAAUGGGCCUUGAAGCAUACAGGGGUAAACUUGUCAGCUAAACAUGCUCCAAAAUGCGAGUAUGUGACUAUUUAAGUGCCUUCUCAAAAACUGCAAGCAAUGGGGAGGCAUAUGGUCAACUGAAAAAUUUGUCAGCAGAAUAGAUCAACUGUAUCAUAGAUGAAUUAUUUAUUAGAUUUGUAAAAGGCACUGCAGAAAUGCAAUGCCCUGAAAGAGAUGCAAUUA